AUGUCCGACGAAAAGGAGCAACAGAAGCCGAAAGGGGAUGAUGACUCGGACUGUGAGAUCGAGGGCAUGGAUAUGGAUGGAGAUGACGAAGAAAUGGAUGUGGACAACAACGCUGACCCAAACGACAAUGACGACGCUCUACCGGAAGCGGACACGGGGGAUGAUGCCACUAUCAACAAGCUAGCGCAAACUGAGCAUAAUCAAUUUGAAGCUGCCAAGCGGGAGCAAAUGGAACUCCUGGAAGCAGAGCGAAAACAGGUGGCAGCCAAUUUUGACAGCUCGAGUGCUAAUAAGGAGGAUCAGCUGCAAUAUCUGCUCGCGCAGUCGGAAGUUUUUGCACACUUUCUUGCCGGCUCGGUGGCAACAUCCGAAAAGAAAAAGGGUAAAAAGGGAUCUCGUGGCAAGAAGGGGCGUAUGACAGAAGCGGAAGAGGAUGCACAAAUGCUAAAGUCCGCACAAUCCAAACGAAUUGUCUCCAGAUUGGACAAGCAACCUACCAUAUUGGCACCACACUGUAAGAUGCACCCUUAUCAGCUGGAAGGCCUGAAUUGGAUGAUCAAGCUUUAUUGCAACAAUAUCAAUGGAAUUUUGGCCGAUGAGAUGGGAUUGGGAAAAACUCUUCAGACAAUUUCGCUCCUGGCGUACCUCCGAGAAUUCCGUGGCGUCAAGGGUCCUCACAUUGUCAUUGUCCCCAAGAGUGUGGUUGGAAACUGGAUACGCGAAGUCAAAAAGUGGUGUCCUGUCAUUCGGGCAAUUCGCAUGGGUGGGACCAAAGAAGAACGUCUAAAGUUUGAGCAAGAGCAUCUUGCUGUCGACCCUGACACUGGCAAGCACAAAUGGGAUGUUCUAGUAACAUCGUACGAAGGAUUGCUCAAGGAAAAGGGAAAACUGUCCAAGAUUGACUGGAGGUAUCUGAUCAUUGACGAGGCCCAUCGCAUCAAGAAUGAAAACUCGUCUCUGAGCAAGGCAGUUCGUGUCAUCAAUACAGAACACAGACUGUUGAUUACCGGAACUCCACUUCAGAAUAAUCUUCGCGAGCUCUGGGCAUUACUCAACUUUCUAAUGCCUCAAGUCUUUGGUGAUGCCGAACAAUUUGAUGCUUGGUUCAGUCUUACUGACGAAUCUGGCAAAGAAAAUGUCAUCAAGAAGCUUCACACUGUCUUGAGACCAUUUAUGUUGCGUCGCGUCAAAAAAGAUGUCGCAACGUCUUUGCCCCCGAAAAAGGAAACCAAGUUGUUCAUUGGUCUAACACAGAUGCAACGUGACUGGUAUAUCAAAGUGUUGAAUAAGGAUGCUCAUGAACUGAACAAACUCGGAGGACCUGAUCGAGUGCGUCUGCUGAAUAUUCUGAUGCAGCUGCGCAAGGUAUGCAACCACCCUUACUUGUUUGACGGGGCCGAACCGGGACCACCUUACAAGGACGGGCCUCAUCUAUGGGAAAAUAGUGGGAAGAUGCAGCUCCUACAUAAGCUUUUGAUCAAGCUGAAAGAGCGGGGAUCACGAGUGUUGAUCUUUUCCCAGAUGACUCGGGUGCUGGAUAUCUUGGAGGACUACUUCCGAUUCGUUGGACACGAGUACUGCAGAAUCGAUGGUAACACCUCUGGCGAACGCAGAGAUACGCAGAUGGACGAAUUCAACGAGGAUGGAUCGAGCAAGUUUGCAUUUCUGCUGAGCACACGGGCUGGUGGUCUUGGAAUCAACCUUGCCACGGCUGAUAUUGUGAUCCUAUUUGACAGUGAUUGGAAUCCUCAAGUUGAUCUCCAAGCCAUGGAUCGUGCUCACAGAAUUGGACAGAAAAAGCCAGUCCAAGUUUUUCGUUUCAUUUGUGAAGGAACCGUAGAAGAAAAGAUCAUCGAGCGAGCCGAUCGUAAACUGUUCCUUGAUGCUGCAGUUAUCCAGCAAGGUCGAUUGGCUGAGCAAAACACUUCCGUGGAUAAGGGCGACCUUAUGAAGAUGGUCCAAUUUGGAGCCGAUCAAAUUCUUAGUGGUAAGGGAGGGACCUACACCGAUGAGGAUAUUGACGCACUGAUUGCUAAAGGAGAGCAGAAAACGAGUGAAAUCCAAGCCAAACUUGAAACGGACGCUAAGCACAACCUCGCUGAUUUCCAGCUGCUCGCAGACGAUGAUACUGGUCGAGAUACAUUUUCCUUUGGUGGAAAGAACUACAGAGGUUCCGACAAGAACGGAGGUAAUUUUAUCAACCUUCCGCAAAGACAGAGAAAACGAAAUUAUGACGUCAAUGAGUACUUCCGUGAUGCCUUGAAUCAAAGUAAUGCAUCUGGCGCAAUGAAAGACCAUGCAGCAGACGCUGCUGCAAAGAAACGAAAGAAGGGUCCUACUGUUCAGGAUUUUCAACUGUUUGAUCGAGACCGGCUCAAUGCCAUUGCGGAAAGAGAGCGUGAGAUUGCUGCCAAGAAGGAACAACAAAUCAAGGUAAUCGAACAGCUCCGAUCCAGAGCUAGGAGUAGUGCUGACUCACAGGUGGAAGCAAUACUAAGGGAAGCCGAAGAAAAGGAAAAAGGCCUCGGCGACUUUAAGCUUUCCGAAGAAGAAGUCAAGGAAAAGGUUCGUCUCCAAGCGGAGGGGUUCCCAGAUUGGUCAAGAAAGGACUUUAGGGCCUUUUGCGCCAGCUUGGAAAAGCAUGGUCGGUACAACUUCAAGGGCGUCGCAAAUGACAUGAUGAACGAGUCUGGGAAGGAACUAGGCGAAGUCCAACGCUACUUUGUAGCCUUUUGGACCAACUACCGCCGUAUUGCUGAUUGGGAGAAGAUUAUCGAGAAGAUCGAAAAAGGAGAGAAGAAGAUCUUGCGUCUGCGACAAAUUCGAGAUGUCAUUCAGGAAAAGAUUGAAAGACAUCUUGAAGAUACCUUUAGCUCCCAAGUCAAAGCCAUGAAGGACAAAUCAAACCUACCGAGUGCGCUUAAACUCCUGGAGUACUCUUGGCCCAAAAUUAAUUUGAAUUAUGGAUCAGGGACGAGAGGUAAAGCAUACCAAGAAGAAGAGGAUUGUUUUCUGCUUUACAUGAUGCAUCUGUAUGGAUAUGGCUCGGCCGAACGAAUCCGUCUCGAGAUCAGAAGGGCUUGGCAAUUCCGAUUUGAUUGGUAUUUCAAAUCUCGCUCGGCUGCUGAAAUCCAGAAACGUUGCGAUACUAUCGUAAGGAUAGUUGAGAAAGAAAUUGAGGAACUCCACAAGAAAGAGGACGAUGAACAGGAAGCUAAGGCUGAGAAGGAGAAGACCAAGGAGAAAGCUGCUGGUAGCUAG